GAGUCGGACGGUGUCUCAUGCGCGCGCAACGCCGAGCUCUCGAAACCUAACAUCAACCAGACGGAGGGGUCGCCAUGUCGGCGAUUACUUGUCUACAUUCAUGGCCACCAAGCCCAACACCAAGAAGGCACCAAAGAAGAAGGAGGUGAAGAAAGAGACUGGACUUGGUUUGACCCACAGGAAAGAUGAGAAUUUCGGUGAAUGGUACUCUGAGACUUUUUUUGACGUUGAAAUAAAAAUGAUGAAUAUCAAGAAUGCCUACUUCCCUCUAUUUGUUACUGAAAAUGUUCUACAAAAGGAGAAGGAUCAUAUUGAAGGUUUUGCUCCGGAGGUUGCUUGGGUAACUCUGAGUCUGGACAACUCUGAGUUGGAAGUUCCUAUUGCAAUUCGCCCCACAAGUGAAACUACCAUGUAUCCAUAUUUUUCAAAAUGGAUUAGGGGCCAUCGUGAUUUGCCAUUGAAGCUUAACCAAUGGUGCAAUGUUGUGAGAUGGGAAUUCAGCCAUCCCACUCCUUUUAUCAGGAGCCGAGAAUUUCUAUGGCAAGAAGGGCAUACAACUUUUGCAACUCAAGCUGAAGCAGAUCAAGAGGUACUUCAAAUCUUGGAAUUAUAUCUGAAAAUAUACAAAGAGUUCCUUGCUGUUCCUGUUGUUAAGGGUAGGAAAAGCGAGUUAGAAAAGUUUGCUGGUGGCUAUUAUACCACUAGUGUUGAGGCUUUUAUUCCAAAUACAGGCCGUGGAAUACAAGGUGUAACCUCACAUUGCUUGGGACAAAACUUUUCAAAGAUGUUUGAGAUAAAUUUUGAGAAUGAGAAGGGCGAGAAGUCUAUGGUUUGGCAAAAUUCUUGGGCAUACAGUAGUCGUACGUGGGGUUAUGGUGAUGCUCCAUGGAGAUGAUAAAGGCUUGAUUUUACCACCCAAAGUGGCAGCAGUCCUAGUUGUUGUAAUUCCUGUACCAUGCAAGGAUGCAGAUUCUGAUGCUAUUUUCAAUGCUUGUUCUUCAACAAUUCAGAGGCUUCGUGAAUCAGAAUUGAGAGCUGAAGCUGACUUGAGAGAUACGAGUUGUUCGUCAUGGCAAUGGUGCUAAAACAGAUAUACCAACGGGAUAUUUGGUGGAUCAAGUGAAAGAGAUACUUAUAAGCAUCCAGGAAUGCUUGUUUAAUGCUGCAAAGCAAAAGAGAGAUGCAUGCAAAAAGGUUGUCAAUACAUGGGAUGAGUUUGUUUUGGCAAUGAAUGAGAAAAAGAUGAUCCUUGCUCCUUGAUGUGAUGAAGAGUCAACAAAUGGUGUUCUUGGAGCUCGAACAAAGGGUGAACUUGGAGCUGCAAAGUCUCUUUGCACCCCAUUUGAUCAGCCAAGACUCCCUGAAGGGACUCUUUGCUUCGCCUCAGGAAAGCCUGCGAAGAAGUGGACAUGUCACAUACUGGGGUCGAAGCUACUAAAUAGAUCGAUGCGUCGCAAGACACUUUACCUGGGACUUUUUGAAGAGUGAUGUGCAAGUACUUAACUGAAUCAGAAAUAGUAAUGAUUAAAGCGACCUUUACUUUUCAACAAUUGAUUUAAGCAAAUAUCAAGUCUGAUGGAUUGUCUGUGUUCAUUUACAAAGCCUGAUAAGUGAAUUGAGCAUUCAUCAGCGAGGAAGAUCGGGCUCAUUCUCUCUGGACUUGGCUCCAUCUCUCUAUUCACCAUGGUCAGGCUUAGCUGCAGAUAACUGAGUGACUGUUAACGGAUGAAGAUAUCGUACCAUUGGUUGCAACGAUAUAUGGAUCACUUGUCCACGAAAGCACAGUAUGAUCUUCGCAGGUGUAUAUGAUGAGCCAGAGUAGAAGUUUGUUUGGUACGACUACAUGGAGUAAUUCAUGGUAGUCAACUCAAUGAAUAAAUGUUUCA